AUGGCCUCGACUAAUGUCGACCAGCAGUCUGGGAGGAAUUCCGUGCACGAGGAGAGGGCUGACAAUGGAGAGAAUGCUCCCGGCUCCCAGAUUGGGAGCGACAACGCUCCCUCCGAUGACCAUGUGCGCGACAAAGAGGCAGCUGCAGUCCCAACCAAGAACCAGAAGAUCACUCAGCAUUUUGCACGAUUCAAAUGGUGGUAUUUGCUUGGAUUAAUCAUUUUGCUCGCAAUUCUGCUACCGAUAUUCUUCAAGGUCAUCAUCCCAGUAAUCAUUCAGAAUAUUCUCAAUGGCCAGAGUCUUCCAAUAAACGGCGGCGCCCUCCAAAUACUUUCACCAACCCAUCUCAACAUGAGUCUGGCUACCUCGCUGAAUACACCGCUGGGAGUCAAAAUUAAACCAGUGGACCUCUACUUGUUCAACAAAAACACGAAGCCGUUUUCGUCAUUCUUCAAGCUGCAUUUACCAACACUGCACAUCCACCAUCGAACGGAUGUCAUUGUCACCAACCAGACCGUCUUGGUGACAAACGAGACUGAGUUGAUCACCUGGUUUAAUCAGUUCUUCGACCAGCCGAAAGUCAAGCUGUCCCUUCAGGGUCAUCCAGAGGUUCGACUUAGUUCGCUAGCAUACAAGCCCGACUUCGAUAAAACGAUUGAGAUUCCGUCUCUGAACUACCUUGACGGCUUUGGUGUCAACACCUUGAAUUUCAAUUUACAGUCCAACGAAACCGUUUACAACAUGAAAGGAUUUCUCAACAUACCUAAUUCCGGCGUGCUGACACUUGGACUCGGUAACAUGACCUACAACUUGAUGUCUGGGAAAACGAGACUUGGCUUGGUUAAUAUAUACGACGUUCAACUCAAGCCAGGGAAUAAUUCAGUACCCUUCGAUGGCCAGUUUUUCUUCCAGGAGCUUGUACCUAACCUCGCUUCCAUCCUCGACAGCCAAAAAGAAGCUCUCGGCCAAGGAAACAUCGAGUUCAACGCAACGGGGAAUGCCACGACUUAUAACGGAGAACACAUCAAAUACAUCGAGGAUGUUCUCAACCGCAAGCACAUUAAAUUUACGAUCCCUGUCAUUACCAUAUUGAGUGAUGUUGUUGGUGGUUUGCUAGGCGCUGGUGGAAGUAACUUGCUUGAGCUAGUCGGCGGAGCGAUUGGAAACUCUACCUUGUUUGAGAAUUUACUUGACCAUUGGGAAGAUGAUGGACAAGGAGGGAGUGGAUCGAGCACAAAAUCCAAGACGAAGAGAGCAAGAACGGGAAGAUCGUUAAUGUGGAAUGCUUUGAGAUUGGGAUUCAGAAUGAAGACCAAAUGA